UAAGCCCAAUUUCCCGAACCCAAACCCCCGAAGAGCUGUAGCUGUAGCAAUGUUGGCGAAGUGGAGCAGAAUCCCCCGCCAUCUCUGGAGGAUUGGAGCGGAAAGCCACUUGAAAUUUAGUGCCGAUCUUCACGUUUUCCAUCAUCGAAGCUACGCCAAAGUUGCAGCCGCCGUUGCACCCAAUAUCGGUCAAUUGGGAAAGGGUUUAUCCAGCGGCCAUGUGGUGCAUUUGGAUAAACUGUUCUUGUCCAAGCCUUGUUCUCUAGCUUUGGCCAAGGAUUCACCAUUGAGAAUGGAUGAACCACAGUAUGAGGGAAUUAAGCGUCUUUUUCUCAGGAUGAUGUUGUUUUAUAGUAAACAAAGCCAGCAUAUUCGAGCGGCAAAUGUCAUAUACCGGCGAAUUGUUUCUCAAGUUGAUAAACCUGCCAUAUAUGAUGUGUUCAAUUUGGAGAAAACAUUUAAAACAACAUUCUCUCUGCUUGUUCUUCACAUGUGGCUUUGCCUGCGACGCUUGAAAGAAGAAGGAAAGGAAGGUGUUGAACGUGGGCAAUACGUGUAUGAAAUUUACAAUCAUGAUGUGGAGCUAAGAGUGUCUAAAGCUGGGGUCAAUUUGCUUUUGAUUCGUUGGAUGAAAGAUUUAGAGAAAAUCUUUUAUGGAAAUAUUGUUGCUUAUGAUUCUGCCAUGCUUCCAGAAGCUGGACAAGAUGAGCUGCGGAAUGUAAUAUGGAAGAAUAUAUAUUCUGAAGAUGGAUCAUCAAUGCCAAAUGAUGCUGCUGCAUUACGAGCAGUGCAGGCAAUGGCUAGGUAUACGCGUCGUGAAGUUACUUGCUUGUCCAUGACAGAUAAAGAAGCAAUUUUUUCUGGGAACUUCGUGUUCACUUCAUUGGAAUCUGAGAAACCAACCUCGAAGGGUGGAGGAAGAUGAUAAUGCUGAAUACUAUUGGUUGUGUUCUACCUUCCAAAUUCAAAGAAAGAAGAAGACAUUCUAUCAGUAAUUCACCUAAUAAUUAGCAAUAGAACUUUUAGAGAAGGUUUUACUCUUACCCUUUAUUCAUUUGCUUGAUUAAAUUUAAUUGCUUUCGGAUCUUCAUAUGAUUAAAUGUUGUACAAGU